AUGCAAGCUUUCAGUUAUUCAAGAGGUCCAGAAAUGGUUCAGACGAACCAGAGUGCAUCCAGUCAGGCUGCUGCCCUUCUUCGAACAGUGGCCCUCUCAGGGUUCUUUGUCGCGAACUUCGUUGCCGCUCAAGGUUUAUUUCAAGGUUCCUCUGAAGGAGACCUCGCUGAGCCCCUAAAGUGGCUCUGCGAGAAUGUGGUCAACCCCAUCCUUUUUGAAUGGACCAGUGCAAAAGGCGAUGUGUGGACAAAUAGCAAGCUUGCCGAUGAUUGGCUAUUUAGAUGGGCCCCACCAGAUAUCACAGCAGCUGACAUUUUCACCACGGUGAUAUACCGUGUCCUUCCAGGUCUCCUCAUCCUGUACUCUACAUGUCUGCUCUGCGCAUUGCUUGCAAACUGUGUUCAGCUCUUGGUCCCCGCGAUCGGCUGUGUGCAGCACCGGCUCCCGUGGCUCGAUGUGACUAUCAGGAAGCAGCGUGCGCAGGCCAAAAGGACAAGAGCACAGCAGGCGAUAGAGGAGCUGCUUCAGAAGCAGCCGCUGCCGUCUAGAUUCCGCGACGUGGAUCCCAGUCUCCGGCCCGUCGUCCUUCUCGCCUGGCCUUGGCAAGGAGGAGGGCUGCUCCAAACACUGGCGUUGCUGAUUUUGGACAUCGGCCUCGACGUCAAGACACUCAGCGAUGUGCUGUCCGCAAAGCAUUACGCUUUUGCUUCCGUCACGGCCUUCAUCGUGACUCGCAGUGCUCUUAAGCAAUUGGCCGUCUUGCCCCCUUGGAACCUCCGGCAGGCCCGCUUGGAGGUGUGUUUCGUAUAA